CGACAGAGCAUACACAGAACGCCGGGAGAUCUCGGUAGUGACGGUUUCCUUCGGGAUAACGCGGCUGGGGGAAAUCACUGACACAUCAGGGGUUCGCUGGCAACAUCUCGGCAACUGUCUUGAAUACUGCGCGACCAGCAACAAUGCUCAGGUUAUCUGACUGGAAAAAUGUCUGAGCGCGCUGUGGCGAUAUUGUUGAUAUUGCUAGCAUUUAUUCGCAUCCUUGGGAACUAUUUCCGGCUGAAAUCAAUUCCCGGCCCAUGGUACACUGGGCUUUCGGAUUGCUGGUUGUGGCAGGUUCGAGAUACCUCCAACUAUGGUCGCCGUCUGGUUGAUCUUCAUACGAGGUAUGGUAGAGUCGUGCGGCUAGGACCGAGCAGUGUCAGUGUUUCCGAUGAGACACUUCUUCGGACGUGUCGGCAGAACGGACAAUUGAAUGAGCCAAGUUCUUCCGAUAGUCAUGGAUUGUCUGUACCGGAAUCUCGGGCGGGAGGCAUGUUCCCAGAGAGCACGCCAGAGUACCUUGAGGACGCGAGUGUAUACGAAGGCACCAUUGAUCGUCUGGUCGCCAAUUUCAUCACUACCGUCAAACCGCACCAUGUGACGGAUUUCCCAACAAUGUUGCAUUAUCUAGGCAUGGCCUUCAUUGACAUAUUGUCAAUGGAUGAUGUCGCAACGGAUGCGACAGCGAUAGCACACGAUUACUACCCCAGUCACAUCGGUAGUCUUGUAUCACCAUCCAUCGUCCCAUGCUUGGCGAUGAAUAACCCAAGAGCUAAAUCACGACGGAGAUACUGUCCUCUUCGACGUUCUAGACGGUCUGAAUGUCACUGGACUGGAAACGGACAGACAAUACCGACAGACCCCGGUCUAUACCCUGCGCAAAGUGCAACUCCUUAUACAGUGGAUUUCAAACUCCAGUCCGUCAUUGCCGCCUUCGUAUCGACCUUUGACUUUCUUUCCAAGUACCCGAACAUUUUGUCAACAUUGAAACAGGAGAUAGAGGGAGCGUUUGGUGACGAUAUACUCUUGGAGAUACCUAGGUGGAGUGAACUCAGCAGGCUCAGCUAUCUUGACGCAGUCAUGAAAGAAUCGACGCGACUUUGCUCGUCCACUAGGUAUUAUCACGAAGCCGAGGCUCCGACUCGCGGCAUGUCAAUAUCGGGAAGCUUUAUUCCCGCAAAGACUACGAUUGUCUGUCAUUCAGAAGUUGUCCGACACUCGCAUGAUAUCUAUGGCAGCCAUACCGACACUUUCGAUCCCGAGAGAUGGAUAAGUGUGGGCGAUCAGCAGCAUAAGCUUAUGACACAGAACUUGUUCCCCUGUGGGAUUCCAUUUUAUGGUUGUUCAAAGUCGCACGCUGCCUGGUUGGAGCUGAAAAAGGCGACCGUUUUGAUUCUUAGGGGCUUGGAUGUAUCCCCCGAGUCGGCAACGGUUCGCGCUAUAUAAACCUGAUAUGAAACAUCAUCAUUGCAGAUAACUUCACACUUAGCCAAAAGACAAAAUGUCGACAAUAAGCAUAUUUAUGUGUUGAGUCAACCUCUCUGCUUGAAAAAUAGAUUAGAGCACCAGAACAGGUGGGGGCCAGAAUCAAGUGCCCAAUCUGCUGCCAACAGCGCGAGGCCCAAAGUCGCUAGGGCGCGAUCAUGUCAAAACUAAGCCAGGUAUAAAUACCAUCCCAG